UGCUAGUAUGAAUAUAUUGCAAUCGUUACGUGUAUUAGCCAACAUGAGGUCGACUGCAAAGCGGCUUCUUGUUAUACGAACGCAUCUGAAGUACAUGCCAGGUAUAACCAUUACUGUUCCCCAAUGCCGAAGUAUGAAUGGUGGGAGUGACCCGUCCUCUGUACGGAAUGUGGAAAGCACCUCCCACUUUUUAGAAUCUGUGUUUAAUUCACCUGAAAUCAGCGUUUUAUCUUCAGAGGCAAAAUGUCAGAGGUUUGUGAAACACUACAGUGACCUUAAUGCAGAAGAAAAGUUGACAUUCCUGAAGGUCUUGUCACAACAGUACAGUGUAAAUCAGGACAGUGUGUUGCUGGCUGCAAAAGGAGUCACAUUAGCACAGGGACGAGGUGAAGCAGCUUUACUGAAGUCUGAGGAGCGGUUACGUAGCACUCUCGUGCCUCGCUACCAACAGCUGUUCCAAAAGAUUGGCAGAAUAGAGGGUGGGGUCAAAUUCCUGGUGAAUAUGAGGGCUGACAUACUGACCAAGGCUUCAACAAUUCACUGUGAGAAAGAGUUUGCUAGACUGAAGGUGCUGCAAAACUCUAUAAGGGAGCUGUUGACGUUUUGGUUUUCUGUUGGAUUUCUCAAGCUACAACGUAUCACGUGGGAGUCAUCAUGUGACAUGGUUCAGAAGAUAUCAGACUAUGAAGCUGUGCACCCUAUUAGGAACUGGGCAGACUUGAAGCGACGUGUGGGCUCAUAUCGUAGAUGUUAUGUCUUCACACACAAAAGUAUGCCCAAAGAACCGGUCGUGGUUCUCCACACGGCUCUCACACAGGACAUAUCAACCAGUAUUCAUUCCAUCAUUAGAACACCAUCAUUAGGUCAUGUAAAACAAGAGGUUGAUAGCCCUCCUGUAGCUGAUACAGAGGCUGAGUGCCUGACAGAGGAACCAUCAAAAAUAUCAGCUGCUGUGUUCUACUCCAUCACUUCUACACAGAAAGGUUUACAAAGUGUUGACCUUGGUAAUUAUCUCAUCAAAAAAGCCGUUCAGGAACUUCAAAUGGAAUUUCCAAAUAUCCAGAAGUUUUCUAGUCUGUCUCCAAUACCUGGUUUCAAGGACUGGCUGAUAAUGGAGAUUAAUAAAAGCCUGAAAGCUGAAAGUUUGUCAGAGAGUGUGGAGCCACCACUUCUGUAUCAGUCAGAAAUUGAGAAAUUACGAGAGAUAGUGGAGCCAGAAAAUGCAAACAUGAUGACUGUUUUGAAGGGAGUGUUACAAAACCACACUUGGGUAUCGAAUGAACAUGUAUGUCAAGUGUUACAAGGACCUUUAAUACGACUUUGUGCUCGGUAUUUAUACACAGAAAAACGACGAGGAUAUGCUCUCAAUCCAGUAGCCAAUUUUCACUUAAGUAAUGGAGCAGUACUCUGGAGAAUCAAUUGGCUUGGUGAUAUGUCUAUGCGAGGUAUUAACCAGUCAUGUGGUAUGAUGGUGAAUUAUCGCUAUUUCUUGGAGAGUACAGAGGAAAACAGCCGCAGAUACCUAGAGCUUAGAGAAAUAACUGCAUCAGAGGAAGUCAAAGAGUGGGCAACACUUACAAUGUGAUUUAAUAUCAAACUUCAUAAGCAUGAAUAAAUAUUUAAAGACAUGAUGCAAUACAACUGAAUUUGUCACAUUGAUUCAGAGUGUGUACAUGUAUGCUUUCAUUUGUAUUCAGUGUAAUGUGCCAUCAUUUAAGUCUGUUGUGAUUUUGUGAAUGACAGGUGUUAAUUUGUGCCUUCCUUAAUUGGAAUACAAACGAGGAAUGAUUAUACUCUGAUAUCUGUACCUUAAUAAGGAGAUAUGUAAUAUGAUCAUACUCAAGAUGUUAUGAGUACCAAUAACAAAACACUUUACUAGAUACACAACUGUGUAAAAUAAAUAAAGCAAUUGAAGCAAAAUUUAUCUGCCAACUCCUUCUGUGAGUAUAUUCUCAUGAAAAAGCAAAAAAGAGGAAUCUAUGUUUGAGGUUUAAUGAAAUAAAUUUAUUUUCAAAAAAGAAAUGAUGAAUAGGGGUAUUAAAAUUGACUAUCCUGAUGAUUGUCAGUGGGGUAUUAAAAUUGACUGUCCUGAUGAUAGUCAGUGGGGUAUUAAAAUUGACCAUCCUGAUGAUGGUCAGUGGGGUAUUAAAAUUGACUCCUGAUGAUAGUCAGUGGGGUAUUAAAAUUGACUCCUGAUGAUAGUCAGUGAAGUAUUAAAAUUGACUCCUGAUGAUAGUCAGUGAAGUAUUAAAAUUGACUAUCCUGAUGAUGGUCAGUAGGGUAUUAAAAUUGACUCCUGAUGAUAGUCAGUGGGGUAUUAAAAUUGACUCCUGAUGAUAGUCAGUGGGGUAUUAAAAUUGACUCCUGAUGAUAGUCAGUGGGGUAUUAAAAUUGACUCCUGAUGAUAGUCAGUGAAGUAUUAAAAUUGACUAUCCUGAUGAUGGUCAGUAGGGUAUUAAAAUUGACUCCUGAUGAUAGUCAGUGGGGUAUUAAAAUUGACUCCUGAUGAUAGUCAGUGAAGUAUUAAAAUUGACUAUCCUGAUGAUAGUCAGCGGGGUAUUAAAAUUGACUAUCCUGAUGAUAGCGGGGUAUUAAAAUUGACUCCUGAUGAUAGUCAGUGAAGUAUUAAAAUUGACUAUCCUGAUGAUGGUCAGUGGGGUAUUAAAAUUGACUAUCCUGAUGAUAGUCAGCGGGGUAUUAAAAUUGACUAUCCUGAUGAUAGCGGGGUAUUAAAAUUGACUCCUGAUGAUAGUCAGUGAAGUAUUAAAAUUGACUCCUGAUGAUAGUCAGUGAAGUAUUAAAAUUGACUCCUGAUGAUGGUCAGUGGGGUAUUAAAAUUGACUCCUGAUGAUGGUCAGUGGGGUAUUAAAAUUGACUCCUGAUGAUGGUCAGUGGGGUAUUAAAAUUGACUAUCCUGAUGAUAGUCAGUGGGGUAUUAAAAUUGACUAUCCUGAUGAUAGUCAGUGGGGUAUUAAAAUUGACUCCUGAUGAUGGUCAGUGGGGUAUUAAAAUUGACUCCUGAUGAUAGUCCGUGGGGUAUUAAAAUUGACUCCUGAUGAUGGUCUGUGGAUGUUAAUAUUGACUAUCCUGAAGAUAGUCAGUGAAGUAUUAAAAUUGACUCCUGAUGAUGGUCAGUGGAGUAUUAAAAUUGACUAUCUUGGUGAUGGUCUGUGGGGUAUUAAAAUUGACUAUCCUGAAGAUAGUCCGUGGGGUAUUGAAACUGACUAUCCCAAUGAUAGUCGAAGUUUAAAAAUGGUUGUCCUGAUAAUGGUGGGGUGUUCAAAUGGGCUUGAUAAUUGGCAAGGGGUUGUAAAAAUUUGCUAUUCUGAUGUUACUGACACUUCAGAGACAAUUUUCAAAUGAAAAUAUAGCUCAAAGAGUAACUGUUUUCUGACGGAAUAAGAACACCACACACUAGUGACGAUUUUUAUCUUUUUAUUGGAUACAUGAAAUCCUGAUCAUCACGAUGCUCUAAAUCCACCAUGACAAGCCUACUUUCUUGGAACUAACUUAUAGAAAACUAAAAGGUGGGCAUCAAACACAUUAAAAUGUCAAUCCGUUUGUUUAGGAUAACCAUACAUACAUGUGUGGAUAUAAUGAGCACUGCACUGCUAUAUACAAUGACUCAUUUAUGUUUGUACCUUAUAGAAAUUGUCUGAAUUCAUGUUGUCUAAAUCUAAUACCUAAUUCAGACAUGAUCGCCCGUUUUGUUCAAGCCUUCAACAAAUCCUGCAGAAAGCAUCUGCUUCUAUCCUGUACAUUUAUAGCUUGCUUUUGAUGUCAGUAUCUUUUACUUUAAAUGUGUCUACUAAAAUGAAUGUGUAUCACUGAUGAAAGGCACCUAUUUACCAUUGCUUUCCACUUCAUCAUGUCCUGCAGUAAAUCUGUUAGCCUCUCUUUUUUCAUUGUAUUGUAAUAGAUGCCAAUUGCACACCUUUUCAAAUUUUCUUGGUGGUAUUCAACGCCAGCGGUCUGGAUCUGAGGUCGCGGAAUGUUGUGUCGGUAAUCGCUAACAUUAAAAUGCACGUAGCAUUGUCACAACUUUGGUUGUAAGAAAACCAUGGAAUGUGAUAAAGCUGACGAACUGAGACAUUUUAAAAGUUAGUAAAAGACUGGAGUAUUAAGAAACUUGUCAGGUACAUACUUAUUUGUACACGGGUUAAAUUGUGUCCACUAGUUUUAGACAAGUAUGUAAGAUUUUCAUAGUUGGUUAUUGAGAAUGUACAGGUAGGUACUCAUGUUCACUAAGAGGCUCUUUCUUAGGCUCGUAAAACGCACCUUUGUCCACAAAAUUUUGUUUCUUCAGUAUUGGUUAGUUAAACCAAGCAGUCAAACACGAUGUCAUAAAACCAAAUACAGUUUGAUUAAAUCAAGAGAGUUGAAGAUUAUAUUUUAAGGAAAUACAUGAUAUGACACAUCAAACAAAGGAUCUAGGAUGUGUAAAUUUCACGAUAAAAUAUUUCCUGAUCUACAUGUAUUGCCCGUGAUUUAUUGUUACUCUGAUAUCAAUGCUGUCUGAUAACACAGUGAUUACUAUGUGUUCAGAAUUUGUUUGUUUGUUGUUGUUGUUUUUUAAUAUUUUCCCGUCAUAGACUUUUUUGUGUUGUAUAAACUAAAUGAAGCCAAAGGCGUUGACGUCAUAUGUUUUUUUCUGUUUCUCUUUGUCUACCUUGGACUGUCAUAUACUCUGCACUGGGAAUGGUCAGUUCGUAUUUUUGUACAAGUAACAAUUUUGUCUAACCAAAGACCAUUUGAUUGCGAGAAUGAAUGGGAAUUGACGUGAUAUGAUCAUAAGCAUAUAUUACGAUGUAUUCACAAAUGGAAAUGUUUAUAUGACAAACAGGAUUCCGACAUGCGGUGUCAUUUCUGUUUCAGCGCGUUCCAUUGGAUCAGGAAUGUAUUACAAAAGUGAACACGUACAAGAUAAUGUUUACUAGACUGCAUUUUUCUUUUCUGUUAUUAAGAUUUUAUUAAUCUUAUUAAGAUCGUUAUUUUAAUCUGUUAAUGAUAAUAUUCAGAUACAAGAAGCAGACUUGAUUGUAAUAUUGAAGUUUCGUUUUUUGAAUGUUCCAUUUAAGAUAAUGUGUUUUAUUAUUGUGUGAGGUGGUUGGUGUGUGUGUUUGAGGUGAGUGGUGUGCGUGUGAGUUGGCAUUUAACUGUUCAAUUUCUCUUUCUUAAUUUCCAAUCAAAUUGAAAUUAUGAUAAUAAUCACCUUUGUAUAUAUAUUGCCAAUUUCUAUACAAGGUAUUAAGAUAUCUUAGAUUUAACACGAAAUUGAAAAUAGUAUGCUUGGUGUAAUAAGGAAAUAAAUUUUGCAUUCGUUUUUA